AUGGAAAUCCUUCAAUUGAAACAAGACUUUCAAGAAUCAACUGAUAAAUACAAUAUUCUAAAUGAAAAACUGACUGAUUCUUUAAAACAAAUCAAUUCUCUUAAAACCGAGAAUAAAAGACUGAUAUGGAAUAUGGAUUCUAUCAAAGUUGCUAGAAAACUAAGUGAUGAUAUUUUCACAAAGGAAAACACCUUAGGAACUGACAAAAUUGAUACGAAUUAUAGACCAGGAACUGGAAGAGAAUCCUUUGAAAUUAAACAAGCAAAAGAGGAAAACAUGACGCAUUGUGAAAACUUUGCAUCUACUCUACCAGAUCUUUUUACAUCUGUUAAUGUGGAAGAUUCAGAUGACGAAACAGUUAUCAACUAUAGUCCAGAUGAUACUGCUUUCAGUGUACUUAAUGCUGGAGAACCCAAUGAUGAUACAUGGUAUAUUGAUAGUGGCUGCUCCAAGCAUAUGACAGGAAAUCGGAACUACUUACAUGACUGCAAACCUAUACAGACCAAUCAAGAUGUUACCUUCGGAAACAACAUGAAAGCAAAAAUCAAAGGUUAUGGAAACAUAACAAAUGGUAGAUUUACCAUAAAGAAAGUUGCCUUCGUCGAUGACCCGAAACACAACCUCAUCAGUGUUUCUCAACUAUGUGAUAACAAUCUUGAAGUUCUUUUCACCAAACAACGAAGCUUGAUCAUGGACACCAAAACCAAAGAUGUUAUAGUUGAUUCUGACCGUGCCGGAAAUAUGUAUCCACUUGACAUGGAUCUUAUCUUUGGUAAACCCAUAUAUGUCUUCUAUCUAAAGCCCCAACAUAUAUUAGUUGGUUAUGGCAACGUCGCCUUUCCCAUCUAA